UUGACGAAUGGGGGAGAGGUUUCUGUGUUGCGCGCGGAAGAGGAAAGUCCGUUACCGGAGCUGUUCCGAAGUUGAAAUUUUUGUGAGCUGGUAAAUGUAAACAAAGAGAAGGGUUUUCUUUUUUUAUCGUUUAUUUCUUGAAAGAUUUAAUUUUUCUUUAUCAUACAAACACCAGAAUAACAUUAUCAAAGAGUUUUAUGAUUGCUGAGGUUGAGGACAAGUUAGAGUCGCAAUGCUGCAAGUGAAAAUUAAAACAGAAAAACCAGAUCUGGAAGCAGUAAGCGCUCGAAACCGGCUGGAUGCUGUCCUGCAGUGCCUGGUGGAGAAGAGUGACAGUGAGAGGGACCAGACGGAGGAGGAAGCUGGGAAAAUGGCUGCAGAUUCACACACCAAGGAUCUUUCUCCUUCUUCGUCUGGAAAGCGCCCUUCCGCAAGGUUCCCCCACCAUCGCAGGAAGAAGCGCAAGGAGAUGGACGAUGGCAUGACAGAAGGCAGCCAGCACAAGCCGAACGCCUACAUCAUCAAGCUGUUUGACCGCAGCGUGGACCUGGCGCAGUUCAGCGAUGGCACCCCGCUCUACCCCAUCUGCCGGGCCUGGAUGAGGAACAGCCCCUCAGUGAGGGAGCGAGCGCGCUCCCCCAGCCCUGCGGAGGGACUGAUGGAGGAGGAGGUGUCCGACCUGCUGAAUCAAAAAGCUCGGAAUGUCUACCGGAUGCCCGCCCCCACCUCCUGCUCCGUGAACUCCUCGGGGGAGCCAGUGAACCUGCGCAUCCCGCCUCCACUGCCCUUCACUGAGACACCUCUCCUGAACACGACCUCCGAGUCCUCGCCGGCUCCCUCUGCUCUGCUGUGCAGCCACAUGCAGCGCUGGAAGAAGAUCAGGCAGAGGUGGAAGGACUCAUCCAACAAGAACCAGCUGCGUUAUUCUGAGAGCAUGAAAAUCCUGAAAGACAUGAACGAGCGGCAGUGACUCCUCUGUGGAGCCGGCUCUGUGCAGACAGGCUCUCCCAGCUGAGGGGAGCGCGGGGGCUGGUCUGCGGGCUCUCCCAGCUCAGCCUGUCUGCACAGAGGGGAGCGCGGGGGCUGGUCUGCGGGCUCUCCCAGCUCAGCCUGUCUGCACAGAGGGGAGCGCGGGGGCUGGUCUGCGGGCUGUCCCAGCUCAGCCUGUCUGCACAGAGGGGAGCGCGGGGGCUGGUCUGCGGGCUCUCCCAGCUGAGCCUGUCUGCACAGAGGGGAGCGCAGGGGCUGGUCUGCGGGCUCUCCCAGCUCAGCCUGUCUGCACAGAGGGGAGCGCGGGGGCUGGUCUGCGGGCUCUCCCAGCUCAGCCUGUCUGCACAGAGGGGAGCGCGGGGGCUGGUCUGCGUGCUCUUCCAGCUCAGCCUGUCUGCACAGAGGGGAGCGCGGGGGCUGGUCUGCAGGCUCUCCCAGCUGAGCCUGUGCACAGAGGGGAGCGCGGGGGCUGGUGAGGUCACUGUUCUCACUGCUUUCUCAAGGAUGAAUGUUCUUUUUUUUCCGUCGUUUCUGCGUCACCAGUCAUAACCUCUCCGUCCCUGAAGAUCCUUUGCUGGUGUGCAGUGGCUUACCUGGCUGUGGUAGAGAUCGCUGGGCUUGUGCUUCGGUUCUGCUCUCAAUGUCUGCAGUGAUUUACUCGCGUUUUUAAAGUUUUGCAUUUGUAUAAUUCAUCUUAAAAUCCGAAUUUGUUUUGUAUUUGAAAGUGGACCGCCUACCCAAAACGUUCCUGCCAGGACUUGAACCUGAAGCGGGUCCCGAAGCAUCUAAAUAGCGCUACUUGGGUAAUCAAACGGAUCUAAUAUUAAGCAAUAUUCAUGACUGGCUGCACCCACAGCACAUGGAGUCUUUACAGACGGACCGGACUUCUCUAUCUCAGCUGUCCUUUUGUAUCCUUACUGUAUUAUACAAGGAAACACGGUAAAAAAAAUUAAUUAUUUGCUGUUGUUGUUAUUGUCACAGUUGCCUUUUUAAAAUGGUGUUCCGUGUACUGUGAAUAAAGGAGUAGAUAACGCUGG